AUGUCUGCUGGAAAAUAUUUAUUAGGUACUGCUGCCCUUGUUGGUGGGGUUUAUUAUUAUGACCAAUAUGUUCAACCAAUCUUGCCAAGACAACAACAUCAAGAAUUGGCUUAUCAAACCCAACGUGUUGAAAACAAGGGCACUGAAUUGAACAAUAAAUUGACUAAAAAAAUUGAAGAAGGAAAGAAGUUUGUCAAUGAAAAAACUGAAUCGGUUACUCAACAAGUUAAAAAUUCUGAUGUUUACCAAAAAUUCCAAUCAAAUACUGAAGAUUACAAAAAACAUGUUGAAGAUGCUGUAGAUAAUGAUAAAAAUAUUUUCGUUGUUGGUAUUCAAAAAUAUAUUGAUUUUGUCAAUCAAUUAGGUGAAGGUAAAGUUCAAACUGGUACUACACAAUAUUCAACUGUUUCUCCAAAUGUUGAAGUCAAAGAAAAAUCUAUUUUUGGCAAUUGGUUUGAUAAAACUGACAAUAAAGUUGAUCAAUUGAAAAAUGAUGCUGAUAAGAAAAUAAAUGAAGCUAAAGAUAAGGCUGAAUCUACCAAAUCUGAUUUUUUCAAUUGGAAUUCCAAAAAAGCUGAUGAAUUAGAUAAAAAAGCCAAUGAAGCCAUUAAUUGGACUAAUAAACAAAUUGAUUAUGCUUCAGCUGAAUGGAACAAACAUUACGAACAAGCUAAAGGUGACUGGAACAAAGCUCUUGAUGAUUUGACUAAACAAUGGAAUGAUACCAAGAAACAAUUGAAUGGUAGAUUUGACUCUGAAAAAGAUAAAGCUAUUAAAGGAGUUGAAGAUGCUAAAAGUAAUUUUGAAAAAUUGAGUAAUGAUUUAACUAAUGAUGCUUCCAAGAAUCAAAAAUUGAAAGAUGCUCAAGAUCAUUUUGGAAAGAGUCUUGAGAAUUUGAAAUUAUUUGGCGACGAUGUCUACAAUGACUUUGCUAAAAGAUUUGAUGACUUGUUUAACCGUAAAUAA